CAGUCUCCCCGGCCCCGACGAACCACACGGAGGGACAGCGGAGCGGGGCGGGGCGGCAGGCGGGUGUGUCCGGGCGAGUGCCGGCGCCGCGCGCUCCGCUGGAGUUUCGAACGCUGUUGGCCCUCGAGACAGAAAAAAAAUACAAGAGCGGCGGCCAAUGGCGAAGUGGGAAGGACCCGCGCGCAGACCCGGCCCCGCCCCGGCCGGCUGGAAAGGAGGCCAGGCCUGGCCAUUGGCUCCCGCCGCCUGUCACUCGCCGGUGCGGCCAGCGGGCUGCGGCCUCGCGGUGACUGGUUCCGCCCAGGCGCGAAAUGUAACGCGGGAAAAGCCGGGGCAGGCACCGCGGCGGCAGGUUGUUAUUUUUGGGGGCUCAGCGCUGCGCGUCCUGCUUUCCUGUCACCGCGAGGGCCGGGCCGCCCGCCGCUUCCCGCCGCUGCAGCCUGCGCUGCGGAGCACAAAGAGCGGAGGGCGCGCUUGCCCUGGGGCUGGGGUCCAGCCCUGCCCGCCGGUGCCGGCCGCUCCACUCGUUAGGUGGCUGCUGCGCAGGAUUCCGGGAAACGUCCGUCUGCCAUGAGCCGGCAGGACUGAGCCGGCGACUCGGAGCGGAGCGAGCGGGGGCAGAGCGGUGCUCAGGGGAGCGACCCGGGGCCGCCGGAGCUGCGGGUCGGGCCGGGCGAUGAUCCGGGGCGUGGAGGCGCCCAUGGCGGAGAACCCGCCGCCGCCGCCGCCCGUCAUCUUCUGCCACGACUCCCCGAAGCGGGUGCUGGUGUCGGUCAUCAGGACGACCCCGAUCAAGCCUACGUGCGGCGGUGGAGGGGAGCCGGAGCCGCCGCCGCCGCUCAUCCCCACCAGCCCCGGCUUCAGCGACUUCAUGGUGUACCCGUGGCGCUGGGGCGAGAACGCACACAACGUGACGCUCAGCCCCGGGGCCGCGGGGGCCGCCGCCUCUGCCGCCCUGCCUGCCGCCGCGGCCGCCGAGCACUCGGGGCUUCGUGGCCGGGGCGCGCCCCCGCCCGCCGCCUCGGCCUCCGCCGCCGCCUCAGGAGGUGAGGACGAGGAGGAAGCGAGCAGCCCAGACAGCGGCCACCUCAAGGAUGGAAUCCGACGUGGUAGGCCCAGAGCAGAUACUGUCCGUGAUUUAAUAAAUGAAGGAGAGCAUUCAUCCAGUAGAAUCCGCUGUAACAUCUGUAAUAGGGUGUUUCCACGGGAGAAAUCGCUCCAGGCUCACAAAAGGACUCAUACAGGUGAGAGGCCCUAUCUGUGUGACUAUCCAGACUGUGGAAAAGCCUUUGUUCAAAGUGGACAGCUCAAGACACAUCAGCGUCUUCACACCGGAGAGAAGCCUUUCGUCUGUUCAGAAAAUGGCUGCCUGAGCAGAUUCACCCAUGCAAACCGCCACUGUCCGAAGCACCCCUACGCCAGGCUGAAGAGAGAGGAGCCCACGGACACACUCAGCAAACAUCAGGCUGCUGACAACAAGGCCGCGGCCGAGUGGCUGGCGAGGUAUUGGGAAAUGAGAGAACAGCGCACCCCCACCUUGAAAGGCAAGCUGGCUCAGAAGGCUGAUCAGGAGCAGCAGGACCCUCUGGAAUACCUUCAGUCUGAUGAGGAGGAUGACGAGAAGAGAGGGGCCCAGCGCCGGCUGCAGGAGCAGCGGGAGCGCCUGCACGGAGCCCUCGCGCUCAUAGAGCUUGCCAACCUGACUGGGGCACCACUCCGACAGUAGCCUGGACACUGACUCUUCCACUGUACAAAAGUACUGCCCAGCGUACUUAAAAAGUAGAUCCUUGGGCAUAAGCUAAGCACCUUAUUUGCUUAUCAUAGGCUGCUAUUCUGUAGAAAUGUAUGAAGAAUGUUAUUGCCCCAGAAUAUGGGGUGAGAGAGAAAUGCACUUUUUUAAUAUGGAAAUGAAUUUGGUGUAAAGUUUAAAAUAUUUUGUAAAUAUGGACUGCACAGUACAGGGUAGAAAACUACAUAUUGUGGGAAGCUAGAUUUUGCAAGUUUAAUGGCAUUCAUUGGAAGCAGUUCUCACAGGAAGCACUUUCUGAAUAAGACACUUGUUUGAAAAACGGAAUGGUACAAAUAACCAAAGAAGUUUGAAACAGAUUAUUUAUAAGAUCGUUUGUAACAAUAUAUAUGAGUCUGUUUAACAAUACUGUAAACACUGACGCAAGCAAGAAAGUAUAAAAGAUGUAAGAUAGAUCAUUUUAAUUGCAAAAUACUGUGCCCACUAAGGCUAGAGAAAUGGGAGGCUGACUAUUUUGGAAGAUGUUCUAAGUAAUGGACUUAGAAGAAAAUAGAUAUUUGAGGAUCUUGGUAAGAUGCAUAAUAGUUCAGAGUUUUUGAAAUUGGAGCAAAAUCAGUCUUAUUCUAUCUUUCUGGGGCUUUACAACUCAGUAUAAUGUUUAAGUUUGAAAAGCACUUGUCAUCCCUACCAUGUUAACUUGGGAACUUUUGCACAUUUCAUAUUUCUCAUUUGCUGAAAUUGAGUGAUUAAUCUUGCAAAGUCUAGGUAACAUAGUAAUUGGUAAUUUUAAAAAUACAUAUUAAGGGCCCUGUAAUGAGAUUUGGCACUUGGAUUUUUACUAAAGGGACACCUACAGGGUUGUUUUGUAGUGAAAUGUUUUAGAUCUUUUAUUAGCAAACACUACAUUUUAAUUUUACUGCUUGUUUAGAAUUAUUAGCAAAUGGAAGCCUCCAUAUUUAUAUUUUCAGUGCAUAAAGCCACCUUCUUGCUUUACUUCAGAGUAACAUGCCAAGCUAUUUUGUGUUCACUAAAUUUAGCUAUCAGUUAAACACUGCAGAAAAUAUUAGCUACUCAAAUAAGUAGGCUUCUGAAAUAGUUUUAACUGCAAGUGUGUUAACUUGUGUGGUGGUUUUAAGCCAUUUUUCCAAAUAAAGUUAUUAAACACCACUUUAUGUACUGAAGCAUGAACAGAAAAAUCAAGAGCUGAGCAGAACACCUCCUUUAUGUAGGCAAAACUUCCAUCAUUUUGGCUUUUGUUCUAAACAGAACUAAAUGACAUGCAUAGCAUGGUAAUUUACAGAUUGCUUAAUUGGAGUAAAACUCAGAGUAAUAGAGGGAAAUACAGGCUCUUCAGUGCCUUUUUAGCUUUUUUGAGUUGAAGGGGUUCCUACAGAUGUAGUUUAAACAGUAGAAAGUAGGCUUCUUUAUCCAAAAAUCCCAAUGUGUCAUAGGACACAGAUAGUUUAAAAUAUGUAGCCACGGGGAAGGGGAGGCAUGUAAAUGUCUUGAAGAGGAGAAAAAGUAUGAAAGAAGAUACGAUAGUUACAAAUAAUGUGUAUGACGAGGACAUACUUUAAAAAUGUAAUUCCUCUGUACAGUAAAUUGCAAAUCUUUAGGGAUUUUUUUGUAAUAAGAGAAUUUAUAUUUGUAAUGGUCUAAGAAUUUUGUUUGUAAUGUGGUAUAUAGAAUUUUAAUUUGGAGCACUUAUCAGCUGGUAAGAGAGACUACAGCAUCUGAAUUGUCUUGGUUUAUGUUUCAGCAUUUCCUCUAGAAUUUUUGCUCUCAAAUAUGUGAUUUAAUGAACUAAAAACAACACUCAUCAGUCUUGGGAAAUUUGAACUUUGAUCAACUUAACUAAAGAAGGAAGGGUAGUAAGAAUUUUUCAAAUACAAUAUUUGCCAAUUCACAGAUAACAUUUAAGGCCUUCAAAAGUAAGGGUUUUUCCUUGUUUCUCCAGUCAGCUUUUGUCAACUCUAAUAGUUUUUUCAUAAACAUUUUUUAUUUGUAUAAUUGCAACAGUUUAAGAAAUUAUUACAACUAUUUACUAGAGAAACAUUUAAAAUGUUCUUUUUUGAUAUAAGCUAUAUACUUGGGAAAAUACAUUGGUAUCUAAAAUUUGAGGUGUGUUAAGACUGCUUUUUGUUUUAAAAAAUGUGGUUUACAUUCAAAUUUUUGAAGUGUUUUAUGCUUCAUAUGGCUGACUUGUAGUUUGGCAGAGUUAACAGCAUAAGAAUAAACAUGCUGUAAUUUUAAAAGAUGCUUUGAAUAAAAAUUUAUUUUAAUUUAAAA